UACGUCUUUCUUUUCUCUAAAAGCAGUUAAUGACUAGAUCGGACUUAUUUGAUGUCAUCUUUUGUGGGAGAGUCACGUGUCGUAGUUCCUCACAUGUGUUUUAUUGAGUAUAAUUGAUUCACUCGUGGACUUUGUAAAUUUCAAGUGUUGUUAGACGUUGGUCUUUUAUUUUGAAGGUCCCGGUCGGAAACGUGCGUACCGCAGUCCACCUUUAACUGUCGGUGUAACGGGAGGACGUCGGUAACGUCUCGUCCGUCGUGUUAGCUCGUUCUUCCACCGGAGAGUCGGUGGUCGCUCCUCCGUCAUGGCGGCCGCUGUCCGCCUCCUUCCCGCCGUCACGCUCGCGCUCGUGUCCCGGUUUCCCGCCGCGGGGUGCGCGCGCAGGGACGUGCUCGAGCUCGGGGACGCGGACUUCGACUACCUGGCGACGGAGCACGAGACGAUGCUGGUGACGUUCUACGCUCCAUGGUGUGGUCACUGUAAGAAGUUGUCUCCAGAGUUUGACAAAGCAGCGAGGAGACUGAAGGGGAGCGUCCAGUUAGCAAAGGUGGACUGUACAUCUCACUCACAGACCUGUGAACGUUUUGGGGUCUCUGGUUAUCCGACUCUGAAGAUCUUCAGGAAUGGGAGAGACUCCGCCCCCUACGAUGGACCUCGCACUGCAGAGGGGAUCUAUCACUACAUGAAGAAGCAGACGGGUCCAGACUCAGUUCACCUGCAGACUGAUGAAGACCUGCAGACCUUCAUCACUCACUACGAGGCCAGUGUCGUCGGUGUGUUUCCAGGUGCGGCAUCUCGUCUGUCAGACUUCCUGAAAGCUGCAGGUCUUUUGAGGGAACAGUUCCGAUUCGCUCACACCACCGACCUGCGACUCGGCGCCGAGUACGGAGUUCAGUCUGAGAGCGUGUUGUUGUUCCGACCUCCCAGACUCCGCAAUCGGUUUGAGGAUGAUGUGGUCGUCUUCUCUGAUCACAUGACCAUCACAUCCCUGAGGCGCUUCAUCAGAGACAACAUCUAUGGUCUGUGUCCUCACAUGACUCUGGAGAACAGAGAACGUCUGAGAGGUCGUGACCUGCUGACGGCAUUUUACGACCUGGACUAUCACCACAACACACGGGGCUCCAACUACUGGAGGAACAGGGUGAUGAAGGUGGCUUCACAGUACACUGGGCGGGGCCUGACGUUCUCAGUAGCCAAUAAGAAGGACUUCCUGUCCGAGCUGGAGGACGACUUUGGUCUGGGAACAUCGGACGGAGGAGAACUGCCGUUCGUCACGAUCCGGACUAAACUGGGCCACAAGUUCACCAUGAGGGAGGAGUUCACGAGGGACGGUCGUUCCCUGCAGAGGUUCUUAGACGAUUACUUCGCGGGUCGACUCAAACGUUAUGUCAAGUCGGAACCUGCGCCAGAGAGAAAUGCUGCCGCCGUAAAGGUGGUCGUAGCUGAAACGUUUGAAGACGUCGUCAAUGACCCGGAGAAAGACGUUCUGAUCCAGUUCUACUCUCCGUCCUGUCUACACUGCAAGAAACUGGAGCCGGUCUACAGAGAGCUGGCUGACAGGCUGUACUCGGAUCGGAACAUCGUCAUCGCCAGGAUGAACGCCGUCAACAACGACGUCCCGCUGGGCUACGACGUCCAGGGGUAUCCGACCAUCUACUUUGCCCCGGUGGGUAAAAAGGAUGAACCUAUACGAUACCAGGGGCCUCGAGAACUCAAAGACUUCCUGAACUUUCUGAAGCAGAAGGCAGGUCGCGGCGCGGCGUCCAGCGGGUCGAGGGAUGAACUCUGACACGUCAUCGUCCACCGAUCGGACCUGACUGCUUGUUUCCAUGACGACAAGCGUGUAGCGUGGCGACGAGACGGGAUCCCGCUCACAGACCUGGACCUGGACCAGAGACAGGAAGUGAUGAGAGCACAGCUGCGUGGACACCUGUCCGUCAUGAUGUCACACCUCCUGACAUCCAUCACCCAACUGCCUGCGGUCACGUGACUGUCAGCUGUUUUUAUUUUAUUUAUUUUAUUUUUUCUUAUGAAUGGAGCAUGCUCAGUCUCCACCAGGGUUCUUUGCAAAGCAUCCUGGGAAACGUAUUGACUGAGUGACACAACACGUGAGCCCCAUAUUUUUACAACAUGAAUCCUCGGCUGAAAUUCUUUUUUUUAACCGACACAAAAAAAGAAGAAUCUCUGGUUCCUAUAAAAUUUAUUUAUUUAUUUAUUUGUUUGUUUAUUCAUAUAUUUAUUUAUUUAUUUUGAACCAAAACAAAGUCACAAAUUUCUUUAAAACAUAAAAAAAAAAAUUCUAGUGAAUAAAAUACAGAGAAAUAAAAUUGAAUCAAAGAAACCUUUUUUUUUACUCAAAAUGUUCUCGGUGAGAAAAAAAGUGGUCGAGACCGCGCAUGAGAAGAACAUGAUGGAAAAAUUUAAACUUUUAUUUGUCUUACACGCUGAAAUAUUGUCGUGAUUGUAUUUGAAAGAAAAUUCUGAAUCCCUGUUAAAAUAAAGGUUCAAAGGAAACGAGUUGACACGAGAA